AAUGUUGAUAUUGCAAAGAAAGCAGCGCAGCAAGUGAUGGAGAUAAAGCCUGAAGAUGGUGGGGUUUAUUCUGUCAUGGCUAAUAUAUAUGCACACACCGAACAAUGGGAUGAUUUAGUGAAGAUUAGGAAGUCACUGGGGGCUAACAGAAGGGCCACGAAGAUCACUGGUCGUAGUUUGAUUAGACUGAAUAAUGUUACCUAGCUAGAUGCCGAUCAUAUUGCUAAAGGCGGCGCAAAUCAAUUUUUAACUUCUAACACCGAAGACCAUGACUGUAUAGAUCAAUCGGUUCUUCGCAUAGAUUUAAUUGUAGCUAAUUGUUCUUUUUCUACAGUUUAUUAUCAACAACUUGCAUAAAGAAAAUAUUACUUGAACAGCUGAGAAAGAACACUUUUAAGUGUCUUUUUGUAAUAGAGAUGUAGUUUUAAAAUGGGUAUAUAUAAAAAAAGUAUUUCUCUCUGCAAAAUAAUGUUUAUAUUUCCCGGCCAAUUAAGUAUAGUUGAAGAAUUAAUUUAACUAUUCAUUCCAUAUCAAAUUUCUAAGUUAGACUAUCACAAAUUUACCCAAUCCCUUGUUGAGACUAUACAAACAGUGCGUGGCACUUCCAGAGGCUUCUAUGGAUAUCGUGUCAAUUGUAGAUAGUGACAAGUGUCCUAUCGCUUCGUCAUUCUGCUACGUGGCUCCGGAACCUUCUUCCUCGCCCGAGACUCAUAUCGCUUUCUGUACGAACCACAAUCCAUCAGACUAUAUAAGCACGGUACCAGAAAUUCUGCGACAACAACUGCAUUAAGCAACGAACACGAAUUGCUACAUACCUAGAGAUACUCUUGCCAAUAUGGUUUUCAAGCCUACGACGGGUAAUUGGUUAGCAAUGCUAAGGAACGGUUUCGGAGGGUCUAAGGUUGCAUACACAACCUCAACAGCGCCGAAGAUGAAAGCGUAUGCUCCUGCGGCCGAUUACGGUAACGUUAAUCAGCAAUACCAACAACAUGGGAAGUCAGCGAAAGGGGACUUCGUGUCGGUCUACGUGGCAAUUGGGAUGAUUACUUUGUCGACAGGGUUAGGGCUUCACACUGCGUGGCAACAGCUGUGGAAUUCCCCAACCGUGCGUGUGAAGAAGCAAAGGAGAGAGACUCUUCCCGAAGUGGUGGAGCCUGAACACGUGGCAGAGGAGUCUGAAAAGUUCGUUAAGAAAUCGUUCUUUAGGAAAGUGGCGCACGUGCAAGAGCGUAGCUACCCUGAUCACCACCAUAUCCCUAAUUCCGUUCGUAAAGAUGCUUAUGCUAAUACCCCUCGCAUCGAGACUCUUAAGUCCGUUGGGGUUGAUCCCUCCCACGUGUGACUCAAUAGUCAUAGAUCUCUCUUGUAUGUUGCUUUGUGCCUUUUAAUAUUUAGUUUUGUGUUAAAACUGCUCUAUGAUGUACAUUUUGUACAAUAAAGUAAAUGUAAAUUACUCUGUUAGCAAUC